AUGUUUUCUCGCAACGUGAUCAGCUCCGAAGGGGUGAAACUAUGCCCGAAGGUGACCCCACAGGCGGGUAGCUUCAGGAGGGGGAUUACUCCAAGGUCAAGAAAAUCCUGGGGAGAUGACCCGAACCCUCAGAGCUCCGUGCAGCAGCAACUCGAUGAUACGCCGGACUUCUUACUCCUGGACUUGGAGGCUGAUCUCUCAUGGGAUACGAAAACGCAGCCUCCGACAGUUAAAGGAGGCACGCUGCUGGCCCUCGUAGAGCAACUGACGCGCCACGACAAGUUGGACUCUAACUUUAACAAUACCUUUCUUCUCACAUAUCGAUCUUUCACUUCAGCAAGAGAGCUCUUCGAGCUUCUUGUUGGUCGUUUCGGCAUUCAGCCGCCGGAAGGACUGGCACCCACUGAUUUCGAGCUUUGGAGAGACAAGAAACAAAAACUCAUUCGUGUGCGUGUAGUCAACAUUCUGAGGAGCUGGUUCGACAACUUCUGGAUGGAGGACUUCAACGAAGAGUCCAAGCAGUUAAUACGCGAUGUCUAUGCCUUCGCUCGGGAAACCGUCAAAUCCACCGAAACACCUGGUUCAGCGCUCCUCAUGUCGAUAUUGGACCAGCGCCUAAGUGGUAAGGAAGCAGGCACUCGACGCAUCAUUCAGACGGCCAACCAGAGCACGCCUGCGCCCAUCAUGCCGAAGAACAUGAAGAAGCUUAAGUUCCUCGACAUUGAUGUUACCGAGUUUGCCCGCCAGCUUACGAUCAUCGAGUCGCGACUCUAUGGCAAGAUCAAACCAACCGAGUGCCUGAACAAGACGUGGCAAAAGAAGGUUGCCGAUGGGGACCCUGAACCAGCACCCAAUGUCAAGCUUCUGAUUCUUCACUCUAAUCAGAUGACGAACUGGGUCGCUGAGAUGAUCCUAGCCCAAAUGGAUGUGAAGAAACGCGUCGUUGUCAUCAAGCACUUUGUUGCGGUCGCUGAUAAAUGCCGGAGUCUCAAUAACUUCUCUACCUUGACGUCCAUUAUCUCAGCCCUCGGGACUGCGCCCAUUGCCCGCCUGAAACGUACAUGGGACCAGGUCCCUCAGCGAACCCAGGGUGUACUGGAGAACAUGCGACGACUCAUGGCCAGCACCAAGAAUUUUGGCGAGUAUCGCGAGUCGCUUCAUGUGGCAAAUCCACCAUGCAUCCCCUUCUUCGGUGUCUACCUGACCGAUUUGACUUUUAUCGAGGAUGGUAUCCCAUCAAUCAUCAAGAAAACCAACCUCGUCAAUUUUGCCAAAAGGUCGAAGACAGCUGAGGUCAUUCGUGAUAUCCAGCAGUACCAAGCCGUAGGAUAUUCUCUGCAGCCGGUCCCCGAACUACAAGAGUAUAUAAUCUCAAAUAAGCAAGCUGCUGGCGAUGUGCAUGAGAUGUACGACAAGAGCUUGCAGGUUGAGCCUCGCGAGCGAGAAGACGAGAAGAUUGUCAGAGUUCUUGCAGAGUCGGGCUUCCUCUGA